AUGUCAAUGUCCCAGAACGUUAGCCUGCCACAGAUCUUCUUGGUCGGAGUUGGCUACUGCCGCGAGUCACGCAGCCUCGCCCACGUCAACUCGUGGGACGAUACGAUUGAGUCAUGCCUUGACCGGCACGACUGUAUCGCCCGCUGCUAUGCCUUCCGGAGCUGUGUCGCUGUGGCGUGGGCCGCGACGCCCAAGUCCGACCACUCCCAGUGUCGUGAGCUAGGAAAGCCGCGAUGCGUCAACUACAUCACCUACUCGGGGCAGCUUGCUGGAGGAACCGACUCCCACGCCCGAGAGUACGAGUGCCUGAGCCGGUACGCGGCCCUGCCGGUCGCGCCCUCGCUGCCUCCUAUGCCGUCGCCGCCGCGGCCGCCUGUGCGCCCGCCACCCGCGCCCGUCGUGCGGGCUCCGGCUGACAUCACUGGCAUCGUGAGCCUCGCCGUGUGCGUCCUCCUGCUCUACCUCGUGCUCGAGGCGGUGCGGCCAAUGCCGCUGUCCGGAGAGCAGGAGGCGGCGAUCCGCGACGUCUUCCGCACCUUUGACAAGGACCGCUCGGGCACAAUGGAUGCCAAGGAGGUGAGCAGGGCGUUGGAGGCGAUGGGACUCGACCUCAGCCGGCAGGAGGCGAAGGGGGUGCUAAUGCAGCUCGACAAGGACGGCAGCGGUGCGCUCUCCUUCUCCGAGUUCCGCACCUUGAUGCACUCAGCGUGUGGCGGGCUGCGCGGGCUGCCAUCGCUACGGAAGAAUCUGCAGCGGCUCAAGACCGGGCUCGUGUGA